UCCCACCCCAAGAUGGUGUCCCCCAAACACAAACCCAAGAAGAAGCCGCCCAAAGACAGCAUGACCCUCCUGCCGUGCUUUUAUUUUGUAGAGCUUCCCAUUGUGCUGUCCUCCUUGGUGUCCCUGUACUUCCUGGAGCUGACAGAUGUGUUGUCCCCGGCGAUGGUGGGUUUCCGUUGCUAUGACCGCGACCUCUCCAUGCCCUACGUGGAGGCGGGCGACGAGCUCAUACCUUUGCUCAUGCUCCUGAGCUUGGCCUUCGCUGGACCGGCCGCGUCGAUCAUGAUCGGGGAGGGGGUCAUGUACUGUAUGCAGUCUAGACUCAAGUCCUGCCCCAAGUCUGAAAGCAGCAUCAACGCUGGAGGCUGCAGCUUCAACUCAUUUCUGAGGAGAACGGUGCGAUUUGUAGGUGUGCAUGUGUUCGGUCUCCUGGCGACGGCCCUGGUGACAGAUGUCAUCCAGUUGGCGACCGGGUACCACGCCCCCUUCUUCCUCACCGUGUGUCAGCCCAAUUACACGGCUCCGGGCGUGUCAUGUGACAACAACGCCUACGUGACACAGGACAUCUGCAUGGGCAAGGACCUGUACGCCAUCAUGUCCGCCAGGAAAACCUUUCCUUCGCAGCAUGCAACCCUCUCAGGCUUUGCUGCUGUCUACAUUUCCAUGUAUUUCAAUGCCAGUAUCAGCAGUACCACUAAGCUCCUGAAGCCUCUGCUGGUGUUUGGGUUCUGUAUGGCGGCGGGUUUGGCCGGGCUGACACAGAUCACGCAGCACCGCAGUCACCCCAUAGACGUGUAUGUGGGAUACCUCAUCGGAGCGGGCAUCGGAGUCUAUCUGGCUGUGUAUGCAGUGGGGAACUUUAAAGCCUCAGAGGAGGACGCUCCGUGUGUCUCUCGGCUCACCCUGGCCCAGCAAAAGGACCUUCGGGUGCUGAGUCAGCGCGGACAUGACUCCCUGUACAGAAAGACCCCGAGGGCGUCUGAGAGCAGAGAGGAGCUGGGGGCCGGGCUGGGGGCCGGGGGCCGCAGUAAGGUCCGCAGAGAGAAGGCAUCACUGGCCUCUUUGAAAAGGGCCAGUGCUGACGUAGAGCUGCUGGCCACCAGGGGGCCCAUGGGAAAGGAAACCAUGGUGACAUUCAGUAACACCUUACCCCGAGUUGCCAAUGGCAACAGCCCCAUCUCACCCUCAGAUGAGCCAAUCCCUACACAGCGUCACAUGACCUUUCACGUGCCCUAUGACUCUCAGAGGUCACGGCAGCUGGUGUCGGAGUGGAAGCAGCGGUCCCUGGAGCUGCGCAGUCAGAGCUCUCGAGAGGAUGAGGAUGGUCCUGACAGAACUGACGGAGAUGAAGGAGCAGCAGGAGACUCGGAACAGGCCAUGCCCUCCUCCCUCUACCCCACAGUACAAGCCAAAGGCAGCGCCACUCCAACACCCCCCCGCGUCGCCAUGGCUCCCCCACUGGUCCACAUCCCUGAAGAGGCUACUCGCCCACCUCCUGUCUCUCCAAAGAGUGCCAAGACCCGAGCGAAGUGGCUCUCACUCCAAGAGGGGGGAGGGACGAAGGAGCCGAGCCCUGGGCCCAUCGCUGUCUCCACUCCCAGAGUCCCCAACACCCAGCCCAGCCAGCCGCCCAGCCAGCAGCGAGUCACACAGGUCAUAGCGAUGUCCAAGCAGCAGGGCUCUGAGGGCUCAUCGUCUGGAGGCGGCUCUUCCUGCUCGGAGUCUCCUUAUUACCGGAUCCCCUCCGACCGGGACAGCUGCAGUGGGAGUAACCCGGGAAGCAUCGCCGGGAGUGGGAGCAUCGUCACCAUAGACGCCCACGCCCCCCAUCACCCCGUGGUCCGAGUGUCUGCCCCAAAUGGGAAACCGUGGGAAUGGAGGAACACCAUCAGCGGGAACAUGAUCAGUACCGACCCAUCUGGAGACAAGCAUCGUGGAGCUCUGCAGCGCCAGGACAACGUGAGCCAGUAUCGGGAUUACAGGACUCCCGGGGGCAGUGUUGAGGGCCCACCUGAACCUCCGGCAUUACCUACCUCUCCUUCUCCUCUACCUCCCCCUCCUCAGCUGUCUUCCUCCCCGCUCCCACCUCCUCCCUCCCCAUCGCCGAUACCCCCGCCGCCCCCUCACUCAAGCUCCUCCCACAUGCCUCUGCCUCCUCACCCUAGCUCUGCCCAUUUGCCGCCACCUCCUCAAUCAAGCUCCUCCCACACCCCGCCCCCUCCGCACUCAAGCUCCUCCCACACGCUCCCUCCCCCGCCAGCUUCCGCCCACAUGCCCCCGCCCCCUCACCCCAGCUCCUCCCAUUUGCCCCCGCCCCAUCACUCGGGCUCCUCCCACAGCCCCACCCCUCCCCAUUCAAGCUCCUCCCACAUGCCUCCCCCACCGCACCAUGGCUCCUCCCACUCCCCUACGCCGCCACACUCGAGCUCCUCCCACAUGCCACCCCCGCCGCACCACAGCUCCUCCCACAGCCCCACCCCUCCCCACUCAAGCUCCUCCCACAUGCCACCCCCGCCGCACCCUCACCCCUCCACCCUUUUGCCCCCUCCGCCUCACCCCGACCUGCUCAUGGACAGCCACAGCCAGGCAAUGUCCCGCAGCUCCACGUUGCCACGGCGACCAUCCGGCUCUGCCCGAAGCCACACGGAGCAAGAACACUACUACAAGACGCUGCAAAACGAGCGGAUGUUAUAG